GCCUCAGUUACCAAUUUUCAUCAAGACCAACAAGGCUCGGAAAAGAAAGCACUACUCGAAGGUAAUGCUGUACAAGCCACACACGUCCAUGGAACUCGGGGACGUGGUGCUAGGCCAGAUCACAUGCGCGCUCGUGUUUGUAUUCGGCUACAUGAUCCCCGCCGUGCACAACAUCGUCAGCUGGGAGACGGACCUCAGUCCCAUCGUCCCGGAAUGGGCUGGAGACGUUAGGUCGACCAGCAACAACAAGAUGCUCGCCUCCCAGCCCCACGCCCAUCUAUAAUAGCUCACGAAGAAUAUCGAAGCCCCUCGAUUGCUUCUGAAUGCGCUCCCGGCUUGACCACCAACACAAGACGAGCGCAGAUCAAGCAUAUUUUCUCAAUUUUCAUUUAAAACCGUACACAAACUUCUUUAAUUUAUAUACAAAAAAAUACAGCUUUCUUCGCUCUCCCGAACAGCAACUACUUCUUCUCCGAAAUAUAAAGUUCUGCAAAC